UUCUACUUUUUGCUUUGCUGCUGUUCGUCUUCGUCUUUCAGAAUCGCCUUCGCCAUGGAAAUCAAUGGCUCUUCACUUCCAGUUAGAUCGAAAUAUAUGAAUUCAAAACCAACUGCGAAAGCCUCUGAGGCCACAAAUUUCAAUUCCAAGGCCAGAUCGUCUCUCCUCAGGCAAGAACAAGCGGCAAACAAUCAAUCUGGCGUGUGUGCUGCGUCUACGCGAAAUCAAUCACACUUUAGCUUUGUCAAUAAGGAUAAACGAGUAUUUGGUACUGCUCGAAACCCUAACGUUCGCUGCGUCCCUUCGAAGACAGAUCCGACGAAUCCAGCCAAAGUCAAGGCCAGAAAAGCAGAGAAACCGUCCGGAGCAACUUCGUCGCCGCCUCGUACAGUUGCAGAGGCGAAGAGCUCGUCGGAGAAGAACGCCGCAACGAAGCCGAAGAAGAAAAGCGUGUCGUUCGAUGUGGUAAAAGUCGGAAAAGAUUUACCUAAUGAAGAGCUUCAAACGCCGGUGAAAUCAACGCCUGAAGCUGCGGCCAAACCUAGGCGUUCGGCGACGCCGUAUUACACCGCCGACAAGUGCAGCAAAUGCAGAUUCGACAAGCUUGAGACGGCAGCCUAUUGGCUUGCUCAGAUCAAAUCGGCGGAAUUCGUUAGUAAGCAUUCAGUUUCUGCUGCUUUCUUCGGUAGCAUCAAAGGUGAGCUUAAGAAAUAUAUAACUCGGCAUGAGCAUUUACAUGAGGAGGAACAAUGGAAAAUUUUAUCAAGUAGCUAUGGAGUUUUGAGAGAAGAAUUCAACAUCAGUGCGAGUGGGGAAGAAGAUGAACAGAGCCUGACAUAACGAGGUAAAACCAGGCCUGACGGAAAAGUCACACUCGAGAUGUCGGGGUUUGAACUUAUGACCUCACGAUUACAAAUCUAAUCUUUACACCACUAGGUCAUUCCUUACUUUUAAGAGCACAAACAAUAGCUCUAGUUGAACAAACAGUUUUAG